UGAAGUGAAGAGGAGUGUGUGUGUGUGGGGAUGGUCUUUAAAGCAUCAUUUCUGUCAGUUUGCUUUUUGAGAAGUUUUCUUUUUUAAAUUUUAGCAAAUUCAAAUAAUGAUAAAUAAAAAGCUUAAAGCUUUCGUGAGGGAAUCAAAAAUGGAGUUUGAGCUUUCUUCUUUGCUUCCUCUGACUAUCUUUUGCUGCCGAGACUGAAGAAGAAGAAUCUGCAGAUAGUGAUUUUAGAUAUAUAUGCUGUAGAUGCAAUAUGGAUUUUACAGACACUACAAAAAUUGUUCUCAAUCGAAUCAAGAAAUUGGACCCGGAGAAUGCAACAAAAAUAAUCGGUUACCUUCUUCUGCAAGGUGCUGGUGACCAACAAAUGACUCAAUUAGCCAUGAGUCCUGAAAUAUUUAUCCAGGAUAUAAUAUACAAAGCGAAAGCUGAUCUGCAUCGUCUGCAACAAUUAGCACAUAAUUCGGCAUCAACUCCGAUCUCUCCCUCUGUGAAUUCACCUCUCAUUCCCAAAGUUUCCUCGCAGGCUGCUCCAUUUUCUUCGAUGGUGUUUCCAUCUCCAGCUAACUUUGGUGUUUCAUCUCCGUAUUGGGAGCCUCAACUCAGUGCUAACCAUAAUUCGGAUGUCAUUCCUUUGAAUUACUCAGAUUCCAUCCAUGAACUGCAAAGCCAAACUCAGUUCUUGAGCUUAGAGGAUCAAUUUGAGCAUGCUAAUGGGGGAAAUACCGGAUUCCCAAAUGAUUAUUAUUACUUGGAUGCUGCAUUGAGCAGUCAAGGGGGAAGAAUGGAUCCUCGGUAUCAAAGCAUUGCAGAAGUUCCGGUGAAGACUUGCCAUUACUUCAACAAGGGGUAUUGUAAGCAUGGAAGCAAUUGUAGGUACUUCCACGGUCAAAUGUCCGAGGGUUUCCAUCAAAUGGUUGGUCAUAAUUCGUUUGAUGCUAAUGAAGAUCAGGUUUUUUCGCCUGGGUCAUUUGAGAAAUUGGAGAUGGAGAUCAUCAAACUUCUGAAAUCAAGACGAGGGAAUAAAUACCAAGAGAGGAUUGAGCAUCCAAUGUACCAUUCUUCACAUUACAUAGACAUGGACACUGAGCUUCACUCUGUUCCAAGAGGAUGUGAGACCUCUAGGUUGUUAAGGAAGCAGUUCAUCGAAGAUCAUGAGGCUUUUGAGCUACAGAGAAGGCGUCUUGCGGAGCUGAGUUUCAUGCAGAAACCAUUAGCCAACCAGUCAUUUUUCGGAUACAUGGAUGGAUCAGAAGUCUCCGAAGAGCAUCUGAAUUUCCCAUCACCCAAACAUUUUUCUGAGCUGCUGGAUGUUCUGAACAGCAACGAUAGAAUCAGGCAUAUAAACACCAAUUAUUCUGACCCGGAUAGCGAGGGAUUAAAUCUCCCCGAUAGCCCAUUUGCUUCUCCAGUAGUUAGCAGCAUUUCUGCGGUCAUAUAGGUUCUGGAAAACACAGAAGUAGAGUUAGAUUACUGGCUCAAAGGAAACACAUCUUUUGAUCCAUUUAAUCAAAAGGAAAUACAUAAAGCUUAAACUUUAGUUUUAUUCUUUGCUUCACUUCUCCUAACUCAUCUAUCGAAUCAAAUCUCGUGUUGAGUACAUACUUGCUAAAAGAGGGGAAAAAAGAUUUGCCACCAUGUCACGAGGAAAGUAGCAAACCUAAUACAUAGAACUAUAUGUAAGGACAGUUUUUUAUCUUUACCCCUUUUCGAUGUUAAUCAUAGAAAAUCUAUAUUUACUGGAGGAUUUAGUAUAGAUUUUAGCUUGAAGGAAGUAGAGAAAAAGAAAGUGCAGUGUUUCAGGAGGAUUUGAAACAUGUUUAGGAUCUCUGUAACGCUGAUGAAUAGAUGAAAGUUUACUUUUUUUGACAAA